AACUGAUUUAAACAAAUGAUUAAAAGGACAGCUAAAUUAAACUUUUUGAAUGGAGUUAAAUAUUAAUUUCCUUCGUCUUUAUGGUCAUCCAACGGCCAAGUUCAACUUCUUCCGCUACGCCUAUUCACCGGAUCAUGGAAUCGCGCGUCAUUAUAUAAUUGCUCAGAAAGGAAUCCCAAUCCCCAACCAGACUUUGGUGGAGAAGAGGUGAGGAAGUUCCAUCUUCUUGUUGGGUCCCAUUUGGCAUUGCGCGAUAGCUUUGUUGGUGACCUUGAAACCACAUUUAGCGGCGGAGAUGGCACGAAUUGUGGUGGUUUUCGAUUUUGACCGCACCUUAAUCGAUGGUGACAGUGACAGAUGGGUGGUGACUCAGAUGGGCCUCACCUCACUCUUCAAUCAGCUUCGUUCUACUUUGCCCUGGAACUCCCUCAUGGAUAGGAUGAUGAAGGAGCUCCACUCCCAAGGGAAAACAGCUGAUGAUAUUGCAGAGUGCCUAGGUCGGAUGCCAUUGCAUCCUCGAGUUAUUGCAGUCAUAAAAUCAAUCCAUGCCCUUGGAUGUGACUUAAGAAUAAUUAGUGAUGCAAAUCAAUUUUUUAUUGAGAAAAUCUUGGAUCAUCAUGGAUUGUUGGGAUGCUUCUCCCAGAUCAGCACAAAUCCAAGCUUUGUAGAUGAUGAGGGAAGGCUUAGAAUUUUCCCUUAUCAUGAUUUGAACACACCUCCUCAUGGUUGCCACUUAUGCCCUCCAAAUUUGUGCAAGGGCCUGGUAAUUGCGCAAAUCCGUGCUUCGACCACUGAAAAUGAGAAAACAAGAUUCAUCUACCUAGGAGAUGGGAAUGGUGACUUCUGUCCAUCUCUGAAACUUGGAGAGGGUGAUCAUGUGAUGCCAAGGAAGGAGUAUCCCUUAUGGAAUCGCCUUAGCAGCAAUGCAACUCUUGUCAAGGCAGAAGUUCAUGACUGGGGUAAUGGAGAGGAGCUUGCAAAGAUACUUCUCCACCUUAUCAACACAAUCUCCACUGAAGAGAACAUCAAGAGUAGCCUUUCCAAUCAAUUAGAUUCAUCAGAGUGCAAGACUUCAACACAUGAACUCACAUCGAUCAGGGAGGUGAGAGGAGAGCCCUUCAGGCAAAGGAGAGCCCUUCAGGCAAAGGAGAGCCACUAGAUUGGCCAGGUAAGAAGGUCAAAUAUCAAGAAAACAUAACCACAUACUAAAUUUCCCUUUAUCUAAAAAAAAAAAAAAUUGUUUUAAACCAUGUUGUAAGUAGCAGUUUGUAUUAUUGAUUCUAGUCCGGUCAAUCAUGAAUGAAUUGGAGAGAAAAGACCGAUACUGAUCCUCUAUAACCGAUUUGAUGCCGGCUCAAGCUCAUAAAUCAAUGGUUCAAGUCUGAUUUUAAUUUGACUC